AUGUACCUCCUACUGGUGGUCUACAUGAUCAUAAUCUACCUAAUGCUGGUGGUCUACAUUAUCAUAAUUUACCUAAUACAGGUGGUCUACAUGAUCAUAAUCUACCUAAUGUUGGUGGUCUACAUUAUCAUAAUUUACCUCCUACUGGUGGUCUACAGUGGCAUAAUCUACCUAAUGCUGGUGGUCUACAUUAUCAUAAUCUACCUCAUACUGGUGGUCUACAUUGGCAUAAUCUACCUCCUACUGGUGGUCUACAUUGGCAUAAUUUACCUCAUAUUAAUUUUAAUGUACCUCAUACUGGUGGUCUACAAGAUGGUAAUCUACCUCAUACUGGUAGUUUAUAUUAUCAUUACAUGCCUAAUACUGGUGGUCUACAUGAUCAUAAUCUACCUUAUACUGGUGGUCUACAUGAUCAUAAUCUACCUCAUACUGGUUGUCUACAUGAUCAUAAUCUACCUCAUACUGGUGGUCCACAUGAUCAUGAUCUACCUCAUACUGGUGGUCUACAUUGUCAUCAUAUACCUAAUACUUGUGGUGUACAUGAUCAUGAUCUACCUCAUACUGGUGGUCCACAUGAUCAUAAUCUACCUUAUACUGGUGGUCCACAUGAUCAUGAUCUACCUCAUACUGGUGGUCUACAUUGUCAUCAUAUACCUAAUACUUGUGGUGUACAUGAUCAUGAUCUACCUCAUACUGGUGGUCCACAUGAUCAUAAUCUACCUUAUACUGGUGGUCCACAUGAUCAUAAUCUACCUUAUACUGGUGGUCCACAUGAUCAUAAUCUACCUUAUACUGGUGGUCCACAUGAUCAUAAUCUACCUUAUACUGGUGGUCCACAUGAUCAUGAUCUACCUCAUACUGGUGAUCUACAUUGUCAUCAUAUACCUAAUACUUGUGGUGUACAUGAUCAUGAUCUACCUCAUACUGGUGGUCCACAUGAUCAUAAUCUACCUUAUACUGGUGGUCCACAUGAUCAUAAUCUACCUUAUACUGGUGGUCCACAUGAUCAUAAUCUACCUUAUACUGGUGGUCCACAUGAUCAUAAUCUACCUUAUACUGGUGGUCCACAUGAUCAUGAUCUACCUCAUACUGGUGGUGUACAUUGUCAUCAUAUACCUAAUACUUGUGGUGUACAUUAUCAUAAUCUACCUCAUACUGGUUGUCUACAUGAUCAUAAUCUACCUUAUACUGGUUGUCUACAUGAUCAUAAUCUACCUUAUACUGGUGGUCUACAUGAUCAUAAUCUACCUUAUACUGGUGGUCCACAUGAUCAUAAUCUACCUUAUACUGGUGGUCCACAUGAUCCUAAUCUACCUUAAUACUUGUGGUUGUGAGGUCAAGGCGUGUUAA